AUGAAGUUCUCAUCCGCUGCCCUCGUCCUCCUAGGUGGUGUCUCUUCGGAUUGGCACGCAACAUCCCAGCGGCUUUAUCAUGCCCUGGCCUUCGCGCAGGCCCAGGAGGGGCCAUACUCGCGGGCGCGGAAGAAGACUUGUGCGAUGGCCUUUGAUGACAAUUCAGACCUCAUUCUACCAGCAGCAGAGAGUACCAUCUCAAACACGGCGCUAUCUGUACGCUCGGCUCAUUCCGCUGGGGGAGGUAGCGGCAUGGUGUCCCGAGAAGACGCGGAAACCAUCACGAUCAGCAAGAACCACGCAGCAAGGCUCAUAGACAUAAGUCCCCAAGUUAACUUUGAUGCGGCCUUUAUCGGUGGCACCGAUUGCGCUUUGGGUGUCUUCUUCCUAUCCAACUUCACGGGCUUUCUUUCCGCCGGUUCUACGGAGCUCCAGGUUUUCAGUCCCAAUACAGGCGGCGCAGACGCCCUCAUCGGCAUCCCCUUCAACAUCACGCUAGACGACAAAAGCCAUUGCCUUGUAAAGUUCGACUGCGAGUUGCAUCGGAAAGGUUCGCUGAAUUUUACGAUUUCCAUUCGGAGCGAUGACGAUCCUGGCGCGGUUGUCAUCACGCAUUCACUUGAAACCCCAGGCAUCAACAGUUUCUUCAUCGCCGAACUUGUUAACAUGGAUGUUCCUUGCGCGGAUUGA